CUAUUCCAAAGCUCUGUUCUUUUUCUGAUCUGUCUCCUUCGGUCUCUCUCCUCUUUUUCUCUGAAGAAGAAGAAAUUGAAAAACACGUUCCAGAGCUCUCUAAAUCUCUCUUUCGUCCCAGAGCUCUUCUUUCUCUUCUCUCCAUAGGGCUUCCUCGUCCCUCUCUCUAACCUCUCUUUGUCUUUGUGGUUCGUCGCGGUGGUGGAGUUGCGGUGGUUUGUGAGUUUUGGUUAGAUCAAAGUAAAACAAGCCCAGGGUAUGUUUGUGAACUUUACCCUAUGAUUAAAAGUUUGAAAAAAAAAAAAAAUUAUUGAAACGAGGCGCAUUGGUCUAUUUCAGUCUAUAUGAGGGUUUAACUUGAAACCGUUAAGCAAAAUCUUUCUCUCUCUCUGUCUCUCUGAGCUUCAUCGCAAUGCCUUCAAUGGCGCAAGGAGGUCUCAGAAACUUUACCGAAAACCCUAACCAACUCAACCGCAAGUUCCCCAACCACGAAGCUAAAGUUGACCCCUUUUCCAGGGAGCAAAAGAUUGCACAACAUAGAAAGUCUCUUACAAUCGCUUCGGAGUUGCCACAGUUUCUAUUUAAUGCGGGAUUUUGUCGGGAUGGGAGGACUAUUGGGAUUACUCAACCUAGACAUGUUACGGCUGUGACCGUUGCCAAACAGGUUGCUGAGGAAUGUGAUGUGCAGUUGGGGCAAAGAGUUGGCUACUCCAUUAGAUUUGAUGAUACGACUUCUGGCUCGACUAGGAUCAAAUACAUGACAGAUGGGUUGCUAUUGAGGGAAGCAUUAUUGGAUCCAUAUCUCUCUAAGUAUUCGGUGAUUAUUGUUGAUGAAGCCCAUUAGAGGACUGUCCAUACUGAUGAUUUGCUGGGCUUGCUUAAAAAUGUGCAAAAAGCAAGGUCAAAAACUUCCAAUGACCGCCUUAAUAUUGAAAACAAGAGGACAAAUGAUCGCACUUUGCUGGAUAAAGAUAAUGAAGAUCAGGCCAUUAGUUUUCUCAAGCAGUGCCAAGGCAGCAAAUUCCCUCCAUUAAAGUUAGUCAUCAUGUCUGCCAGCUUGGAUGCACGUGGUUUCUCUGAGUACUUUGGUGGUGCAAAAGCUGUUCAUAUCCAGGGUCAACAAUUUCCUGUGGAUAUUUUUUACACUCAUUAUGCUGAGCCAGAUUAUUUAGAUGCAGCCUUAAUCACCAUAUUCCAGAUUCAUUUGGAGGAGGGCCCUGGUGACAUACUUGUAUUUUUGACUGGGCAAGAAGAGAUUGAAUCUGUUGAAAGACUUAUCCAGGAACGAAUUCAACAAUUACCUGAAGGUAGACAAAAGUUGUUAACUGCUCCCAUAUUUUUGGCUCUUCCAUCAGAAAAGCAGAUGUGAGUUUUUGCACCAGCUCCAACUGGUUUUCGUAAGGUCAUUUACUGUUGCAUGUCAGCUUUUAUUUAGUGUCUUGUGCAAAGAUUUAAUUUGAUGCUCGUUGAUUUUAAAUAUCUAUGAUACUUUUAAAUUAAAUGAAUCUGUGAAAUGUAAUGGAUUUUUUAGACAGUGAAAAUUGAUCCUAUUUCAAUGUAAGCCAUAGCUGUAGU